ACCAACCAACCAACCAGCCAACCAACCAAUCAGCAACAAAUGACGACGACCAUGGAUGGUUAAUAUUAUUCAGGAAGCGAAACAUUUUUCACAUCUUUUUGCCGCUUGACCACGUCAAGAGUGAUAAGGAUUGUUACAAUUCAUGAUCCCACAGCUUUGGCGAGCACGAAUUUGUCUCUAACCUCAAAUGAGCUCGGGGAGGGGGAAGAAAGAUCCCACAUUACCGGGAUGCAUCCGAAACACCAAUCACCAUCGUUUUCAAGAUCGAAAAUGAUUAAUUGUGGUCGACUGAUUGGCUCGGAAUUCCAGGGACAAUCCAGUUGUCAAGCAACCUAAUGCCAGGAUUACCACCAACCUGGAUCUGACUAGAUCACAAUAGUCAUCUGCAUCUGGCUUUGAAUAUACCGUGUCCGUGUCAUACGUAUGUAAAGGAAGAUCAUGCGGGAAAAUGUGUCGCUUGACCGGAUGGCCGAAGAAAAGAAGCGCAAUUUCUUCCCAAGAUUCAUAUAAAUCCUCAGAUCGGCCGUUCAAGUUGACGAGUUCCAAAUUGGGAUUGUGUGCGAUACCAUCGUUAUUCACAGCCAUCAUCGCCAUGCGUCUGUUUCUGAUUGUUCCAUUAACCCUCGGAGCUCUGGUCUCUGGAGAGGCUGUGGCCGAGAGUAAGGCCGAGCCUGAGCCUGAGGCCAAUGUCAACCCCUAUCACCCUCACCAUGCCCCGCCACCCCCCAACUACUCUCCCGCCCCCGCUCAUUACGCUCAGCGACCGCCUUAUGGAGGGUAUGCUCCCCAGCAGGCUCAUCAGCAGUAUCCGCCCCAAUAUCCUCCCCAGUAUCCUCCUCAACAACAACACUACGAUCAUCCGCCCGCUUGUUCCAAGCACUCCGAGAAGCCCUUCUGCCUCGAGGAUCCUGAAUAUCCCAUCUAUGACAUCCAGCAAGCCAUCGAGUACAACUAUGACACCGUCCAGCAAUUGUUCAAGGACGUGGUCCUGAGGACUGAGAACUCGGUGGACCGUUUGAAGGACAUUGCAGAAGAAACGUACUUGUGCCCUUCAGAGGUCAAAUACAUUCAGCCCCUUCGUGCCAUCAACAUCCACGGAAAGUGGAGAAUUAUUGUCAAUAACGUCAAGGCUCACUACGAGAGUCUGACCCAAACUGCUCGUGUGGAACAUUGCUCCCAUCCUGGAGAGGCUUGUCCCUUGAUCCCCGAGUGCUAUGAGAGCAAAUGCGUGCAAAAGAGCAUCUACCAUCGAUUCUUGACGUACGAUCCUUACGAUAAGUACUUGCCUUUUGCUAUCGAGAGCUUCAAGUUGCCCUCAGCAUGCGCUUGCUACAAUGGACCUCAUGACUAUCAGGAACACAAAUAAGUCUCCCUCGAGACUGUCCUCAGUGGAGGUCGAAGAAGACGUGGUGGCAACAACAAUGCAGUUCCUUUAUCCAAGACGUGUUCCUCCUAUUCUUCGGCCUCGACGAUGCUAAUCAAAAAUUAGAAUCAUUUCAAGUUAUCUGACAGCAACCCCGCAUCACAAACUAUGGCAAUAAUAAAAUGUGCAAAAAUAGAUGUCAUG